UUUUGGUAUAUUUCUGAGUGUCAGACGGUAUCGUUGUACGUGUUAUUAAUUUUUUAAAAACGCAAAAACGAAGAGCUUAUAACCUACUGAAAAUGUCUGAUGAACAACCCAAUCUCGUGGCUGGACACCCACCUGCUUUGAAGGCAGGCGGCAUGCGUAUUGUCCAGCACAAGCCCACUGCAUCGGAGCGUGCCCCCAAGGAUGCCGAGGAUUGCACUGGUCUGACACAACCCGUUAGCGUGAACUCGGCUGUGGUGAGCGGUGCUCCCGUGAAGGGACACACGGACUUUACGCCAGCUUCUGCCCAGGUGGCACACUUGCCUAAGCCCCCAAUGUCGGUUCAGCAGAAGACUCAGAAUCACAUCCAACAGCCCCGCAAGUGAGGUCUUCCCUAUCCUACUAAAUAAUUACUUUGAUCUUUCGUUGAAAUUCUUCAAAUCCAAAUGGUAUUGAAAUCCACUUUGUAAGUGAUUUUAGUUAACACAAUCCUUAAAUUUUUGCUACUGCAUUCCAAAUGAAUUUCAAUGUUUUGCUAAUUUUA